GUGAUUUGAGUUUGAUUAGCUGACAGCUCAAGUCUCAAGCAUCUGUAUGUGCAGUCUAUAAACAAAGUGGAGGAAUAGAAAAAAGAAGCAAAAAAAAGAAAAGCAGGAAGCAGGAGAAAGAAAAAACGAUUGCUUUGAGAAUGUUACAAGGACAAUCACAAUUGAUUAUUUGAUGGUAGUCUCCUCUCUUCUCCUUUGAGGAGACCACCACGCCUUUUCUGAGUUUUGGGCACCCACUAACAAUCGAGUUGAAAUUUUUUUGGUGGGUACCAUGGAAGAUUACAGAUCCAGGUCAUAUGCUGAUGGGAGGAUGGAGAUGGAGGCCUACAACAGGGGAUACCCGGCUCCUGGCAUGCAUGAUAUGAGGAGCCAUAGUGCAUCCUAUGCCUCGCAGCCGUAUCCCAGAGAGAUGAAGGUGAAGAAGAUGAAGAAUAGUGGAGGUGGAUCAUCUGCCAAAGGAUGGAGUCUUAAUGAUCCGGAGUUGCAGAGGAAGAAGAGGGUUGCUAGCUAUAAGGUGUAUGCUGUGGAAGGGAAGGUCAAGGGGUCUCUGACGAAGAGUUUCAGAUGGCUCAAGGAUAGAUACACCCAGAUCAUGUAUGGAUGGUGGUGAGGGGCCUAUGUCGAAACCUCCACAGCAUCAGCAUCAUCAUCGCCGUUAGGAGAUGAUGGCCCUGAUAGUCCGUGCUUGGCGGUUGUGUGUGGUGAAUGGGUUUUCUUUGGUGCCGUUACGAGUUUGGCUUAAUUUGUCGGUUUGGUACUUGAACGGAAACUGAUUUGAUAUCAGCAAAACCUUUGAAGUCUGGCCUUCUUUUGGGGUUCAAUGCUGUAGCCUUUUGUUCUUUGCUUUUAGUGAUGCUAUAUUUUAUGUAAAGAUAACCCUGUUUAGCUUUUCAUAGUUUUGGCUUCAAGGAAAGAUCUCUGGCUGGUUCUUGAUUGUUCUGGUUGCUGCAACAAAGGCCUUUUCUUUCCUUUUUUCUUCUUCUA